AUGCGUGCCUCACCCUUCGUUGCCGCGGCUUUGACGCCGGCCGCCCUCGCCACCACAUCAGCAAAUGUCUCUCUGCCAGCGGUUGUCGAGUUUGACUUGGUUUUCCCGCGAAACGAGACAUACGCGCUAAGUCCGAUCUUUCCCUUCAUCUUUGCCAUGCAGAACGCCGAGCUCGUGUCCAAUAUGGGCAGCUCGGGCCCGAAUGUGCUAGUCAGGGUGCGCCGCGAGGACGUCCACUCCAGAGGCUUGACAGACUUCUUCCCGCACUUGAACUACUCCAAGAGCAACGACAACACCAAGACCGGAAUUGAAAACGGCGUGUACUUUGUAUAUGGGGACCUGCGCAGCGUCAUCUCGUCCUACGGCAAGUGGAUGAUUCUGUGGGACGUGAUGAUGCCAAACUGCUCCUGGGAUCCAGAUGGCUACAGUGGUAUCAACGGCGGACUGACGGGCAACUCGCAGCCGAGAUACACCAGCUUUACCAUUUCAGCCGACGGAAAACAGCCAGACUUUGAGACGCCCAAAGACCAGGGCGGCGAGUGCUUCCAGUCGCAGGACGAAGACUUCACAAGCUCUGGCUUUAACAUUACCGACAUUCUUUCUCUCGAGGGACACUAUGCAAAUCCUCCCAGAUUUUUCUCGGGAAUGGACAAUUGCCUCGUGACUGCCAACGAUACUUCAUUGCCAAAGACCAACCCUUGUGGUGCAAAGGUCGACUCGGACUCUGCAUCUAGCAUGUCUGCAGCUUUGUUGGCCACGGCUUGCUUGAGAUCUACUCCGCUUGUGAGCUGCCCCCCAAAGAAUGCCGCGCCAAGGGCCCUUCCUACUCCCGGUGUAGUUGCUGGCAUAAUACUGGCUGGUUUUGCUAUGUUGAUCUGA